UGGCCACCUUGACUGCACCUCCACUCUUUGUUCCUGCACAUCAGCGAGCUUUCAGGCUCUUGCGCUGUUUCCGUCGCUCGCUCUGCCAGUUUAUCCAACACGGCUCGAGGCUGUCAGUGAAUACAGAGCUCGGCACGAGCUCCAGUGGAGCUAUCAGGCCGCUGCGCCACCUCGUUCGCGAUGCGAUCAACACCAUGGACGGCGUCGCUAAUGGCUCUACUGAGUGUCGCAGGGUCAUCUGCGGCCUACAAGACAUACGCGAAUUACUCCGUCGCUGAAACGCCCGAUUCGCUCUUCUCCAUCUAUGGCGACCGCCCAGAGGGCUGCCCACCAUGCUUCAACUGCAACCUCGAGGACUUCAAGUGCCAGCAGUUCGCCGAAUGCAGCAAGGCCAACGGGCGUUGUAGCUGUACACCGGGCUUUGGUGGCGAGGACUGUUCGGAGCCACUGUGUGGCUCUCUGCCUAAGGGCAAGGACAGGUCGCCGCGAGGAAGCGAGAAGGAGUGCCAAUGCGACGAUGGUUGGGCUGGUAUCAACUGCAACGUCUGCGAAACAAACGAUGCUUGUAACGCGAUGAUGCCCGAGGGCGAAGACGGCGUCUGCUACAAGGACGGGCAACUGGUGAAGGAGAACUUCCAAAUCUGCGACAUUACCAACAAGAAGAUCCUCGACCAGCUGAAGGACAAGAAACCACAAGCGACCUUCUCGUGCAAUGCCCAGACUGAGGAAUGCAACUUUCAAUUCUGGGUCGAUCAGCGAGAGUCGUUCUACUGCUCUCUGGACACAUGUACCUCCGACUGGACCGCCGAGUCUGACCGCAACACCACUCUGUACCGAUGCGAGAACAUCGAGUGCGCCUGCGUACCGGACAGAAUGCUGUGUGGAGAAGCUGGCUCGAUCGAUAUUGGAGAGUUUUUGAAGGAGUCUAUCCAGGGUCCUGCCGAGUUCAAGUCCAUCGCCUCUGAGCGCAGCGGCGAUUCUGGCAGCACCUUUUCAGAGCCCGCCAUGAACGACCUCAUCUCCAGCAUCUUCGGUGAUGAGAGCAUCACGCUGCGCUGCAACACCGGCGAGUGCUUGUACCAAAACCAGGUGCCAGGGUACGAGCGGCCCAUUAAGAAGAUCAACACGCCUCUGAUCGCAGGUGUAAUUGCUGCCGUUGCUCUGUUCAUUGUUGCUGCCAUCCUUGCCACCUGGUAUCUCACACAUCGCGCGGACAGGAACAAGUACGGUGCCAUCCACCUCUCGGACGAUGAAGAAGACGACAACGCAAGGUUGUUGGCGGACCACAAGCCGGCUGCUCUGAUGUUUGAAAACGUCGCCUAUAACCUCAAGGGCAAGCAGAUCCUGUCUGGCAUCUCUGGUGCGGUCCAUCCCGGUGAAUUGCUGGCUAUCAUGGGAGCAUCAGGUGCUGGUAAGACGACGUUCCUGGAUAUCCUCGCACGCAAGAACAAGAUCGGUUCAGUCAACGGUGACUUCUAUCUAAACGGCGAAAAGAUCCGCGACGACGAGUUCAGAAGCGUCACUGGCUUUGUCGACCAGGAAGAUACUCUACUGCCUACACUCACUGUCCACGAGACCAUCCUCGAUUCUGCCCUCCUCCGCCUCCCUAAAGACAUGAGCCGUGCAUACAAGGAACAGAAGGUGGAUGAAGUCGAACGUCAGCUCGGAAUCCACCACAUUCGCCACCAGCCCAUUGGCUCUGAGGAGACCGGACGUGGCAUUUCUGGUGGAGAGAAACGCCGGGUUGGAAUCGCUUGCGAACUUGUGACCUCCCCCAGCAUUCUAUUCCUGGAUGAGCCUACCAGUGGGUUGGAUGCCUACAAUGCAUUCAACGUCAUCGAGAGCCUUGCCUCCUUGGUCAAGAACUACAACAGAACCGUCGUCUUUACCAUCCACCAGCCGAGAUCGAACAUCGUUGCGCUUUUCGAUCAACUGGUUCUUCUCGCCAAGGGCAGGGCUGUGUACUCAGGGCCAUUCGACAGCUGCCAGGGUUACUUCGAUAACAUCGGUUACACCUGCCCGCCCGGCUUCAACAUCGCCGACUAUCUAGUUGAUCUUACCAUGCACGCUAGUGCUGUCCACCGUCCAAUUGACGAGGACAGCUCUCUGUUCACUAGGGAUGGUGUUUACACCAGCGCGAGCAGCGCCAUCGCAGUCAAGUCUAUUCCAAGCGUCACCAACAUGAGCGCAAGUGAUCUAGCCACGAGCCCAGCGAACUCCAGCAUACGGCCCAAGGCCAAGCGGAGGACGUCGAUCAAGCAGCAGCAAGAGCGAGAGCUCUUCACAAGAAAGAAGAGCUCCGCGCCCGUAGACGGUACGCAGUCCCCCAAGACCGACGAUGAAGGUCCAUACGAUCGUCAAGAAGCUGCCAAGGCGCAAUGGCUAAAACUUUCGCGUCAAUCAGGUGCACCGCCGGCACAGAUCCUCGACGAUCUCGACGAGCUUCCUCCGCCUGCGGAUGGUGGCACCGGAACGAACCUGGAUGCUCUCAUCAUGGCAUACGCAACGUCAGAGAUUGCAGCUGGAAUUCACGAAGAUCUCACCAAGUCCAUCGCCAGCGCAAGUGAGGCCAACGGUACGAACGGCCAUGCCGAGACGAACGGCUUCGUUGCCGCCGGUAAGCUCAAGGGUUACCGCAAGGUCGGCCUGGUUGGACAGUUCAGGAUCUUGUCGAGGCGUACGUGGCGCAACCUGUAUCGCAACCCGAUGUUGAUGCUCACCCACUACGCCAUCGCCAUCGUGUUGGCCGUGUUCCUGGGCUUCCUCUUCUACGGUCUUACCGACGACAUCAGCGGCUUCCAGAACCGUCUUGGUCUGUUCUUCUUCGUGCUCGCGCUGUUUGCGUUCAGCAGUCUGACUAUCCUGACUGUGUUCGCACCGGAGAAGCUGCUCUUCACGCGUGAACGGGCCAAGGGCUACUACUCUCCUCCGUCAUACUUCGCGGCCAAGGUGCUGUUCGACAUCAUUCCUCUGCGUCUGCUGCCACCGAUCAUCCUCGGUAUCAUUGUGUACCCAAUGACGGGACUGAUUCCAGCCUGGCCGAACUUCCUGAAGUUCAUCCUCUUCCUGGUGCUGUUCAACUUGUCGGCGGCUGCCAUCUUCUUGUUCAUUGGGACUGUGUUCCGCAAUGCUGGUGUUGCAAACUUGGUCGGUGUGCUUGUGAUGCUGUUCAGCCUGCUCUUCUCUGGAUUCUUCCUGAACAAGGGCAGCAUCCCGCCGCUCGCGAGCUGGCUGCAACCGCUGUCAAUCUUCCACUACGCGUUCGAGGGCCUGAUUGUCAACGAGGUCAAGUACCUGUCGCUCGUGGACCACAAAUAUGGCAUCGACAUUGAGGUACCUGGAUCGGCGAUUCUGAGCUCGUUCGGGUUUGAUGUGAUGGCGCUGUGGACGGACGCGAUUGGGCUGGGGGUGUUUGCGGGAGUGUUCGUGGUGCUGGCGUACCUGGCGAUGCACUUUUUGCUGGUGGAGAAGCGGUAGGUGGGUGGAAUGUUUUGUGCAUGCGGCGUUGUGUGCAUGCGUGUUGUGUGCAUAGGCGGCGUUGGGCGAGGGCCAUUAUACAUACGCAAUUUCAUACUCGGCAAUUAUACUAAGCAGUGAGUUAUAUAAGGCG